GGCGCCGGAUGUUGCUGUCGUGUCCGAGUCGGGUCCAUCUGACUGGCAGGCAGGCCGCGCAGGCGUAGAGAGCCCCAGCCACGCCGACCCAGGUGGCUUCUGCAAGGGAUGCGGAGACUCCAGUGAACGACCAUGGCAGCGGCCGACGAGCUGACCUUUCACGAAUUCGAGGAGGCCACUAAUCUUCUGGCUGAGACCCCAGAUGCAGCCACCACCAGUAGAAGCGAUCAGCCAACCUCACAGGGGCACGUGGCUGUGGCUGUGGGCUCAGGUGACAGCUAUGGAGCGGAGGAUGAGGUGGAGGAAGAGAGUGACAAGGCUGCGCUCCUGCAGGAGAAGCAGCAGCAGCAGCAGCAGCAGCAGCCCGGAUUCUGGACCUUCAGCUACUAUCAGAGCUUCUUUGAUGUGGACACCUCACAGGUCCUUGACCGGAUCAAAGGUUCGCUGUUGCCCCGGCCUGGCCACAACUUUGUGCGGCACUAUCUGCGGAAUCGGCCGGAUCUGUAUGGCCCCUUCUGGAUCUGCGCCACGCUGGCCUUUGUCCUAGCUGUCACCGGCAACCUGACACUGGUACUGGCCCAGAGGAGGGACCCCUCCAUCCACUACAGCCCCCAAUUCCACAAGGUGACCGUGGCAGGCAUCAGCAUCUACUGCUAUGCGUGGCUGGUGCCGCUGGCCCUGUGGGGCUUCCUGCGGUGGCGCAAGGGUGUCCGGGAGCGCGUGGGGCCCUACACCUUCCUGGAGACUGUGUGCGUCUACGGCUACUCCCUCUUUGUCUUCAUCCCCAUGGUGGUCCUGUGGCUCAUCCCUGUGCCUUGGCUGCAGUGGCUCUUUGGGGCACUGGCUCUGGGCCUGUCGGCUGCGGGGCUGGUAUUCACCCUGUGGCCCGUGGUCCGUGAGGACACCAGGCUGGUGGCUGCAGCGCUGCUGUCUACAGUUGUGCUGCUCCACGCCCUCUUGGCCACGGGCUGUAAGUUGUACUUCUUCCAGUCGCUGCCUCCGGAGCAUGUGGCUCCUCCACACCAAGCCGCAUCUCUGCCCACAAACAUCCCACUGUCCCCUACCCUGCCUCGGUCCAUGGCUCCCUCCUAGGAAGGCCCGGGUCCCACAGGCAGUACCUAAGUGGACCAACCCCUCUGGCUGUCCAGCCCCCAGACAGUGACUGAACGCUCCCCUGACACCUCGAGAUGAUUCUGCUACUUUCCAGACUUUUCUUACAAAGCAAACACUUUUAUUUUCUAUGCAAAGGUGAUUCAGAGAAUUUAUAUAAAGGCGGGCGAAGGGCAGCCGAGCAGGGAGCUUUGGGACAGGGCUGGGGCCCCAAUAUCCCCUGGGGCUGCCUGCUUUCCCCCCUACGGCUCCCGUGGCACAGGAGGGAGAGCCAAGGGGGCAACCCAGCCUGGACAGUGCCCGCUCUGUCUGGGUGCACACACGGCGGGCCUGAGCUCCAGCAUCUGAACUUGGGGGUGUGAGAAACGGGAGCAGAAGGAGAAGAAACUGCCUGUGCUGCAACACAUUUCCUUGUUUAUUUUUUCUUUCUUUUUUGGAGGGAGAGGUCCCUGCAAAGCCCCUUCCCAGGCAGGGGAGGGACGGAAAUGCUGUCACAGUAGUAGGGACUGGAGCGUCUACAAAGACGGAGGGAAGAUACUCAGGCCUAAUGGUAGCUGCAAGGAAAGAGGACACCUUCCAUGACACAUCCUUGAGGUGUCUACGUCUGCCCCAAGUGGCUGGCGGUGGCCUUCCCUCCAGGCCCAGGGCCUGCAGCCACCUGCUCUAACUCUGGGUGGGGGAGGUGGGGGGAACCUGCAGGGGCUCAGGGACAGGACAGCAGCAAGAGGCAGGGGCCGAGGACGGAGGCCUUCCCAACAGCAGGGUGGGUUGUACAUUCAAGUGUGAGGUGAACCCUUUGGUGGGGAGGGGGCCCCUGAAGCCUCAGCGGGGCCACCCCUCCCCGCGGUGCCUCUGAGUCUGGGGAGAGGGGCUGCUGGCUCGGCCCGGCCGGCCUGGCUUCUCAGAGGGUCUGUGGAUUGACACUGGUUCUUUUCAUAAAAAAAUAAAAUUAAAAAAAGCA